GGCCGGUAUUCCGUGCCCGAUCCAUCCCUGCACAUUCAUCUCUUCCCGGUCCAUUCCUUCUCGGUCCAUCCCUGCCCCGUUCAUGCUGCCCGUUCCCUACAAAUUCUUCUCGGACCCGUCGGGGAUCAACGAGAAGCGGAAGCAGCGGCGGAUCCGGACGACUUUCACCAGCUCCCAGCUGAAGGAGCUGGAGAGGGUCUUUGCCGAGACCCACUACCCCGACAUCUACACCCGCGAGGAGCUGGCCCUCAAGAUCGACCUCACCGAGGCCCGGGUGCAGGUGUGGUUCCAGAACCGUCGAGCCAAAUUCCGCAAGCAGGAGCGUGCGGCCAAUGCCAAGGGUGCCAGUGGCACCGGCACCACCGGGAAGAAGUCGGAGCCGCGCUCUUCCUCAGAAGAUGACGAAUCCAAGGAAUCCAACUGCAGCCCGACGCCGGACAGCACGACUCGCCCUUGCCAUGCGGAGAGCUCCACCACACCCAUUGCAUGA